AUGAUUGUUGGGCGUGUUUUUGCAACAGAGGACCCAGUGAUUCGGUGCAGGGCGAUCAAAAUGUUAAUGUCAAGCGGAGGAGUGACACAGCAUAUCCGGAACUCUAUUUGGGACUAUUGCGCUGAUUUGCUGAAAGAAAUUGAUAUUAACAGAUACGUUUCAAUCACUGAACGCGAAGUAGCAAUUUAUCAAACAGAAGAAGGGGUAUUAUACAACACAGCUGUGCUGGAACAGAGUUAUGCGGAAGAAUUCGAUGCAAAAAAUGUCAAACGAGAAAAUAAGGUGGCGACUUAUUUUAAUGCUUUGUUGAGCUAUUAUUUCGGUGCCGCGCAGCUUUUAAAAAUUCGUGAUGAAAUGCGUGAUCUGUAUGCGAAAUGCAAAGAGCGCAUCGAGCCGCUCACAUUUGCCAUCGAAGGCGAUCCACUGGGCUCGGCAAAACAUGUCCAGUUGAUGAUCGGUGUGGUAGUACCACUUCUCAGAUCACCGCUUGUCUCCUCACUUGCUCAUCGUGCCUUCCGCGCAUUUCGUGAUGCAGCUUUCCAGCCCUGUGAAGACUACUUACGUAAGUCGGCCGUUUCCACUACUCUUCUGAGCUUGAAAUUUCGAUGA